CACGCCAUCCUUGCUUCUGCUGGCUGGCAUGGUCAAAACAAAGCAAAAAGAAUCGUUUGGAAAACUCUUACUCUUGGUUCUAAUCUUCGAUUCGGUCUUAAGCCCUCGCUGACACUUACCGGUGUACUAGUAAAAACGCCUGAAGGUAAAAAUAAAGGCGGCUCGUGAAGACUUUGGGUUACUCUGUUGCCGAAACACCCCCCCGAAAUAUGUCCCGUCCCACAUUGACCUUCGUGACGGGCAAUGCCAAGAAAUUGGAGGAGUUCACGGCCAUCUUGGGACCAAGUUUCUCUCAUCAAAUCGUGUCGCAAAAGAUCGAUUUGCCCGAAUAUCAAGGCACGCCUCUCCAGGUGUGUCAGGAGAAAACGCGAGCCGCUUUUCAGAUUGUCCAAGGUCCGGUCAUCGUGGAAGACACUUGUCUCUGCUUCAACGCCCAUGGCGGGCUCCCUGGACCCUACAUCAAAUGGUACCUGGCAGCGUUGGGUCCGGAGGGCUUGCCCCGACUCUUGGCCGAUUUCUCGGACAAGACCGCCUACGCCCAAUGCAUGUUCGGUUACGCCGAUCAAGCUGACCAGGUUCCGCGUGUGUUUGAAGGGCGAACCCACGGCCAAAUUGUGCCCCCCCGUGGAUCUCGGGACUUCGGAUGGGAUCCUAUUUUUCAGCCCGAUGGAUUUGACCUCACUUUCGCCCAAAUGGCAGCAUCUGAUAAGCACGAGAUCUCGCAUCGAGGUCGGGCCCUGGCGAAACUCAAAGAGUACUUCAUGCCCGCCUAAUUGAAAAGAACCUUGAACACGGUUUUAUUUUCUUGACGUCUUGUUUUCAGUAAAAUUCCAUUUCAUUAACGUUUCAAA